UUAAGUUUUUGGUGGCCACCGCGGUCUCAUUCUUGUUGUCACGCAGUGAGUGUGCUGCAGGGACGAACUCUAAACACCAUUUGAACGCAGACUGUCAGGCCCGAAGAUGUCAGCUCAAAUCAUAAGUGGGAAAGAGGUUUCAGCGCAAGUGAGGCAGCGUUUGAAGAAUGAGGUUGAGCAGAUGAAGCUGCAGGACCCCAACUUCAGACCUGGUCUAGUGGUUCUACAGGUUGGAGACCGUGAUGAUUCAAAUCUCUAUAUCAGCAUGAAGUUGAAGGCAGCAGCAGAGAUUGGAAUAAAUGCCACACAUAUGAGACUUCCCAAGACUGCAACAGAGGAGGAGAUUCUUCACAGUAUCACAGAGGUGAAUGAGAACUCGUCUAUCCACGGCCUCAUUGUCCAGCUGCCCUUAGACUCAAUCCACAAGAUCGACACAGAGAAGGUCACCAACGCCGUGGCCCCAGAGAAGGAUGUAGACGGACUGACCAGCAUAAAUGCAGGGAAGCUGUCUCGUGGAGACCUGGGCGAUUGCUUCAUCCCCUGCACGCCAAACGGCUGCAUGGAACUGAUCAGACAGACUGGUGUGUCUGUGGCAGGGAAGAGAGCGGUCGUGAUUGGUCGCAGCAAGAUUGUGGGUGCACCGAUGCAUGACCUGCUGCUGUGGAACCACGCCACUGUCACCACCUGUCACUCUAAAACUGCUGAUCUCGCUGGGGAGGUGGGCAAAGCAGAUAUUCUGGUUGUCGGCAUCGGGAAAGCAGAGAUGGUAAAAGGAGAGUGGAUCAAGAAAGGAGCAGUGGUCAUCGACUGUGGCAUCAACCAUGUUCCAGAUGAGACUAAACCUAGUGGGAAGAGGGUGGUGGGUGAUGUCCAGUAUGCUUCAGCCAAGGAGCAGGCUGGCUUCAUCACCCCGGUGCCUGGCGGUGUGGGACCCAUGACUGUGGCCAUGCUGAUGGCGAACACAGUGCUGAGUGCAAGGCGUUUCCUGGAGAGCCAUCAACCAGGGAAGUGGGACAUUUCGUACACCAAACUCAAUCUCCAGAAGCCCGUGCCAAGUGACAUUGUGAUUUCUCGCUCCUGUGUGCCCAAGCCCAUUGGCCAUCUAGCAAGGGAGGUGGGCCUUCUGUCUGAUGAGGUGGAGCUCUAUGGCAAGACCAAGGCCAAGGUCCAACUGAAUAUUAUCAAACGCCUGCAGGGUCAACCAGACGGCAAAUAUGUGGUGGUCACUGGCAUUACACCCACUCCUCUGGGGGAGGGAAAGAGCACCACCACCAUCGGCCUGGUUCAGGCGCUGGGAGCCCACAUGAAGCUCAAUGUGUUCGCUUGUGUCCGACAGCCUUCACAGGGACCCACCUUCGGCAUUAAAGGGGGUGCCGCAGGAGGUGGAUAUUCUCAAGUCAUUCCGAUGGAAGAGUUCAACCUCCAUCUCACGGGCGACAUUCACGCCAUCACGGCUGCCAACAACUUGGUGGCUGCUGCCAUCGACGCCCGCAUGUUCCACGAGUACACACAAACUGACAAGGCCCUGUACAAUCGCUUGGUUCCCCUCAGUGGAGGACAGAGGAAGUUCUCCCCCGUCCAGAUCAACAGACUAAAAAAACUGGGCAUAGAGAAGACCGAUCCCUCUACUCUGACUGAGGAAGAGAUCACCCGCUUUGCCCGUCUGGACAUUGAACCAAGCUCUGUCACCUGGCAGAGAGUGUUGGAUACCAAUGAUCGAUUCCUGAGGAAGAUCACAAUCGGCCAGUCGCCUACUGAAAAGGGAUACACAAGAGAGGCCCAGUUUGACAUCACAGUGGCCAGUGAAAUCAUGGCAGUGCUCGCCCUCACCAGCAGCCUGGAGGACAUGCGUCAGCGUCUAGCCAAGAUGGUCGUGGCCACCAGCCGCAGCGGACAGCCUAUCACCACCGAGGAUCUGGGUGUGUGUGGUGCUCUAACUGUGCUAAUGAAAGAUGCCAUCAAGCCAAACCUGAUGCAGACUUUGGAGGGAAACCCUGUUUUUGUCCAUGCGGGCCCCUUUGCCAACAUCGCCCAUGGCAACUCCUCCAUCCUGGCCGAUAAAAUUGCUUUGAAAUUGGUCGGACCCGAGGGCUUUGUAGUGACGGAGGCUGGCUUUGGUGCUGACAUCGGCAUGGAGAAGUUCUUCAACAUCAAGUGCCGCUACUCAGGCCUAAGGCCCCAUGUGGUGGUGUUGGUGGCCACUGUGCGAGCCCUGAAGAUGCACGGAGGAGGACCAACGGUCACUGCUGGGAUGCCUCUGCCUAAGGAAUAUAUCGAGGAGAACCUGGAGCUGCUGGAGAAGGGUUGCAGCAACAUGAGGAAGCAGAUAGAGAACGCAAAGCACUUCGGCGUGCCUGUGGUGGUGGCCGUCAAUGCUUUCAAGACCGACACCAUGGCUGAGCUGGAGUUGGUCUGCAACAUGGCCAAAGCUGCCGGAGCCUUCGAUGCCGUGCGCUGCUCCCACUGGGCCGAGGGUGGAGCCGGCGCAGUGGCCCUUGGUCAGGCCGUCCAGAGGGCCACUGAGGCCCCCAGCAGCUUCAAGUUCCUCUAUGAUUUGGAGCUCCCUAUUGCUGAUAAGAUUCGAAUAAUCGCCCAGAAGAUCUACGGAGCGGAUGAUAUUGAGCUUCUCCCGGAGGCCCAGCAGAAGGUGGAGCUCUACACCAAACAGGGUUUCGGCAAUCUGCCGAUCUGCAUGGCGAAGACACACCUGUCGCUCUCUCACGAGGCAGACAAGAAGGGUGUGCCCACAGGGUUCAUCCUGCCAAUCAGAGACAUCCGUGCCAGUGUGGGCGCUGGCUUUCUCUUCCCGCUAGUUGGGACGAUGCCCACAAUCCCUGGUCUGCCAACCAGGCCAUGUUUCUAUGAUAUUGACCUGGAUCCUGAGACUGAGCAGGUCAAUGGGCUCUUCUAAAACAGGGCUCUGCUCUGUAUGAUGUGUAUAGAUGUGGCCCAGCUUCUGAGCCUUAAUGAAAUGUGAUGGACUGCUGUUAUAACGGGAAGCGCCUCGAGCUCAUCUGCUGGUGCUGUUUUUGUUUGUUCUUUUUCACUGAGCCACUGACAUCUGUAAAUAAUUGAUUUGCUUUGCCCAGAGGGCUGUUGAUGGGUAAAUCAAGGAAUUUAGUCACAGAACGGUUUAUCCUCCUGACGCUGCAAAUCUGUGAAAGGCUUUUUGCAAGGGGGAAACUAUACAUCCUGUUGAAAUUUCUUUUAGUUACAUUGCUGGCUGCAGAAAAAUCAAGCCCUGCUUAUGUUUUCACAUCCCAGAACCCCCCCCCCCCCCAUGACUCUAAAGUGGUAGAUCUGGACUCUUGUAUUAACUACCUGUGUAUAUUUUGUGUCCAUUACAUCAGGAGCAUCUAUUCCAGUCCACUGUCAUUGAUAAUCAACUGAAUAAAAAAUGCCUUUCCGAUAAAUUCACUAUUAGAAAAUGUUGUCUAACCAUAAAAUAAUACUGUCUUACAAAAUGUUUUGUAAUUUUUUUUGAGUGAUCUUGUCUAAUUUCCUGUCAAAAGUCCUAUUUUGCCUGUCAUGAAUUCUAAUUAAAUAUUUCUAACAAUGUAUAACAUUGAAGCAAUCGGCACUGAUGUGAGAAUACACUGUCAUGAUGUUGUAAAUCAGUGGUUUCCACUUUCUUGGCAAAUAAAUCUCCUUGAUAGAAAACCACA